AAUGCGCCAUGUUUACUCUAAAUUAUGUCAACUGACAAACUCUUAAAUGUGUUUGAGAGUGUUUCCGGAUUGAGCGCGUCUGAUGAAAAGUUCGAGUGUGCACCCAGCCACUCAGCCAAGCAGCGUAUUAUAAACAUGCGACGUGAUUUUGUGUUGAACGACUCAUAAUACAAGGCUCUUAAUUUACCUACAUUAAACUUCAGAGGACGCGAAUGUAGCGGCUUCCUCUACUCAAGAAGGAAAAUCACGUACACAGGCACUUCUCGCUGCCUUUCAAGCUUCAACAUCUUGCUGGAUAAGCCCACAAACUCACUGAAAUGAGCUCUAAGAGCCCUAAAUUGAAUAGGAACCAGCUUGAGACCAAUGUAAAUAUUCUAAAGGAAGAAAUCAAGCGACUUCACAAGGAAAUAUUUCAAGUCAGGACAGAAUUGAAGAUACAAAGGGCAAGAACGCUGGACUUGACUUAUGCUUUACAAGAGAAAGAACAGGAGCUUGAACAGCGGAAGAAAGAUAAUGAUCGAGAGAUGAAUGACAUUAUAUCCAAACUUCUCCUACUGGAGGGCGAUUUUCGAAAGGAGCAAGCGGAGAUCAAGGCACUUCUUGAGGCUAGAGAAGCCACAAUCGAGUCGUUGUACAACGAAGUCACCACAAAAGACAGGCAAAUCGAAUCGCUGCGAAAGAAAAUAGAUUCGUUAAAAUCGCAGCCCGCAAAGGACGAUAGACUAAAAUUGGAGAAGAAACUGCACUCACAGAAGUUAGAAAUUGACAAUCUUCGGAACGCAAAUGCUCGUUUGUUAGAGUCUUUGUCUCAUGUCAGACUUAAUCCACACAACAAUCGUCAAGCCAGACUACGGAGAAGUUCCACGCCAACAAGCCGCGGGCAUGGAAGAAAUCAGCUGAAUAAUUCAGAGAUGCCGGAAUGGAAAGAGGAACUUUCAGCUUUCUUCUAACCUGUACAUUACCCGCUUUUGUAGGUCGGCAUUAUUUAAAAUAUAUGACUGGGUUUGGACUCUCGCCUUUUUUCUCGUUUUGAAUAUUAUUUUCAAAGCCAAUGUGACAGGCGGACCGAGAUAGCUUCCCACGACUCAAGGCGAAUACGGGCGAGUGAGGAACAUUUGCCAUUUUUCCACUCGUGUCUAUUAAUGAAAUUGUCCAAAAAUAUUUCGUGUUCUGACUUCUAUCUGCGCUCGCUUCGCGGGCCAAAUCUUGAGAGGGAUAUCUAUAAAAUAAUGUAUAAAAUAGAGUUAGAUAUAUAGAAUGGAUGGAAAAAUAUGUUCAAAGAAUGGUAAAUAUACCAAAAUAUACGACAAACUUAACGUUCUCAGGGUCUCACUUCCCGCCCCUAGGAGCGCCUCCAGUGGGCGGUAAGAUGAGAGGCCCUGGGAACGAGGUUGAUGAAGUUUAGAGUUUAAAAACCGAUAAAAGGCUCUAGAAGCCCAAGGUAUUAAAUUGUUACUUACGAGCGAUGAUAAUGGUUUUUUUCUUCUGAGUAAAAGAACACUUGCGAGAUGAGUUAGUCAUCUUUAACAUAUCGGUAUGGGUUGCUGUGUGUUUAAAUGUAAACUGUCGUCUAAUAUAUAAAAACUGUACAAGUCCGAUUUGAAAACGAUUCUACCUCUUUUAUCUAUGGACAUUUUAUUGGGAAAAUAUCGAGUUUACUAUAAUUACUUCUGUUAUUCACUACGGAAGAAUAAAGACAACAUUUACUUCCUUUGAAAA